UUUAAAAAAAUUUUUACAUAUCUUAUAACUUUACAAUCUUUGAUAAAAUGCUACAUCUUCAUUAUUAUUACACAAACAUGAAAUCAUAGUCGAGUUCCUCGAGUUUCUCUCCAUUUUUCAAACAUGUCAUAUUCAAGAUCAUUCAUCUAGAGAAGUAAAAUCUCUAACGAAGAGAAUAUGAAUGUUAAUAUUCAUGAAUCUUCUAUGUAAAAAAAAAAUACGAUAUGUUAAACAUUAAUUUAUCACGUAUAACAAGUAAAUAUUCGUAUUUUCUCACAAUAUUCAAGAGUUAUGGAAAACCACGUGAAGUAACCUCUUGGCAUUGCAUGCAUGUUCAAAAGAAAAAAUUGCAUUCAAUUCAAACCAGUGGUCCAUGGAAUAUAUUAUUUUUCGGGACGGAUAACUUUGCUCUUGAAAGCUUACAAAGUUUGUAUAAUGAAUAUAGGAUCAAAAAACUAAGUCGAUUAGAAGUUGUAUCUGCGUAUAAAGGAAAAAAGAAUGCUGUUAUACAAUAUGCAGAAGAAAAAGGAAUUAAUGUUAAACGAUGGCCUCUUGAAGAGAAUCCACAAGAUUUUCACAUUGGGAUAGUUGUCUCCUUUGGCCACUUGAUACCUUUAAAUAUUAUAAAUUCCUUUCCACUUGGUAUGUUAAAUGUGCAUGCUAGUCUAUUACCACGCUGGAGAGGAGCAGCUCCAAUAAUUUAUUCCUUAAUUAAUGGAGAUACACAGACAGGAGUUACAAUCAUGAAAAUAAUGCCAGAAAAAUUUGAUAUUGGGGAAAUAGUAGCACAGGAAAAAUUAGAUAUUCAUCCAGAUGAAACUUUACCAGAAUUAUAUGUUAAGUUAGCAAAAAUGGGUGCAAAUAUUUUAGUCAAUGUAAUAGGAAAAUUGCCACAAGUAUUAUCACUCUUAAGACCUCAAGAAAAAAUAGGCAUAACGUAUGCACCUAAAAUUACAUCAAAUAUUUCUUUGGUAAAGUGGGACGAGAUGACUGCGAAAAAUGUAUAUGAUCUGCAUCGCGGUCUCCUAGGAUUGUACCCAUUAACCACAAAGUUUGGUGAUAAGACAAUAAAAUUAUUCGAUGUGCAGCAGACGUCGAAACCAAUUAGCAGAAUAAAUGCGAAGAAUGAUGUACCAGGUUUGGUAAGAUUUGAUUGGAAAAGCAAUGUAUUAAUUGUGACAUGUAAAGGAGAAAGUUGGAUCUCGGUAAAAAAAGUAAAAAUAACAGGUUAUUCACCUAUGAACGCGAUGGACUUCAGAAAUGGAUUUAUGCAGGGCAAAAUGAAAGAAAAGAUAUUUUUUCACAGUAAUGUAAUAUAAUUUACAGCGCCACUUUUGUCUCAGACACUGUAAAAUUCCUUUAUAAUUCUAUGAUAAUUUUAUUCAGAGAAAUAGAUAAUGAUAUUAAAAUUUUAUUUACUACAAUAGCAAGAUUUAUAUAAUUUAGAAUG